CGCGCGGGCGGGCGUGGCUUUGUAUCGCCGCCAUGUUGGAUGUGUCCUGUCGAGCGGCGCCGGCCUUGUUUCCGGUUCCGGGGCUCGCGGCGGCUGGGUGAGUCCCCGCUGCCAGCUGGAGCCGGAGCUGGUCCGCGGGUGGGUGGAGACUCGCGGAAAAUUUGAUUCAUGUAAUCCAGUGCAUCGUGAUUGAGAGAGACUGGACUGGGUUUGUGCCUUAAACAAAAUCUGUAUACUUGACACAAGACCAGCAAGAUGGGAAAUAGUGCCUUAAAAGCUCACUUGGAGACAGCCCAGAAAACAGGCGUGUUCCAGCUAACUGGAAAGGGUCUCUCUGAGUUUCCUGAAGACCUGCAGAAGCUAGCUAGCAACUUAAGGACAAUAGAUUUGUCAAACAACAAAAUUGAGAUCCUGCCACCACUGAUGGGAAAGUUUUCUGUUCUGAAGAGUCUUGCUUUAAACAACAACAAACUGACUGCUCUACCCGAGGAGCUGUGUAAGCUGAAAAAACUCGAGACCUUGCAUCUGAAUGGCAACCAUCUGACACAGUUGCCUGCCACCUUUGGACAACUCUUGGCUCUCAAGACCCUGAGCCUUUCUGGAAACCAGCUUCGGACUGUGCCCACCCAACUCUGCAGUCUUCGUCACCUAGAUGUGGUGGAUCUCUCAAGAAACCAGAUCCAGAGUGUGCCAGACACUGUGGGGGACCUGCAGGCCAUUGAACUCAAUUUGAAUCAGAACCAGGUCUGGAAACAGGCUUUAGAGAUUUCCCAGAUCUCAGUGCAGAUCUCUCACUGUCCACGCCUCAAAGUCCUGCGUUUGGAAGAGAACUGUCUCGACCUCAGCAUGCUUCCUCAGAGCAUACUCAGUGAUUCCCAGAUCUCAUUGCUUGCGGUGGAGGGUAAUCUCUUUGAAAUCAAGAAACUCAGAGAACUGGAGGGCUAUGACAAGUACAUGGAGCGGUUCACAGCCACCAAGAAGAAGUUUACAUGAUGGACUGCUGUUCUGAGUCUGUAUCAUUGGACAUAAAAGAUGGUGACCAAAGCAGCAGAAUCAGCAGCACUGUCUGCUUGGAAUGACAACUUAAACCAAGACUGAAGGUUGUGGGCUUGAUGAUGGCGAUGAAAAAACUGACAAUAUUCGUUUCAUAAGUCUGCUAUGUUGCUGCUACUACCACUUCAAAUAAAAAUCUGACAUUGGGAAAUUGCAGCCUAGGCAUUGAACUGUUAAAUAUGGCUAGAAGCUGGUUAUACUUCUGGCUAGCUCCCUCACUUCAUUUUAUUCUCCCUUUUCAGGAUGAUUUAUGUGGGAGAAAGGGGUAUAUAAUCCUCACUAGUUGAUGAGGUAGAGGACAUUAGCUUUUUUCACAAUAGUUGCUACUGUAUCCUUAUAAAGGGAAGUUGGCCAUUGUUUAGAGUGGGUUACUUGCAUCUAAUAUGCAGUUCUGCUACCACAAUAAUUCCAAAAUAUUAAGUUAUACUACUUGCUGUAAAUGUCCUCUAGCAUGGAGGUUAACUUUCACAUAGAUCUGUUGUAAUACUAAAAACUGUGUACACUUCAUGAAGCACAAAUAGUUAAAUGAGCUCACAUGGUUAAUUUAUCUUGUCUAUUUUAUAUUAAGUGCUUUUGUAAUCAAAUCUUGUUUCUAUCAUCUUUUCUCUUACUGGUAUCAAUUCACAGUACAAUUUACAGGAUGUCUUCUAGUUGAUGGAGAAAUGCACUAUUCCCUUCUGCUUGAACGUACUGCUAUUUAAUGGACUACUUGACAGGUUUUCUCUGUGUCUUCAGUAAAAUGUAGUUUGCUGGAAAAACUGUUAUCCUUGCACUGAUGAGUCCUCACAUCUGCAGAGCCACGUCUAAAACUUUUUCACCUUAUUACAGCUGCCUUACUACCAAAAGCACCCAGCAAGAGCUAAAAAUGUAUGCAAUUAUGUAACAGGUACUAAGAUUAAUUGCAAUAGAUUUAACUUGUGUAUUUAUUUUACUAAAACACUUAAACUGUAGUUUAAAUGUCUCAAUUCUAAACAUAUUUCUGCCACUUCAGUGUGAUUGUAUUAUUAAGCUUACCUAAAGGGUUUAUUUUACCGAUCUAUAUUAGAUUUUUUUUUGUAUAAAACUACUUGUGACAAUCAAAGAAUAAAAACACUCCAUUUCAGAAGAGAAAAUGGCUGGUAGAUAGUAAGCCUUUGAGUGACAAGUUAGCUAAAUGCUACUAUUUGUUCAAAAAUGAUUAUGUACAAAUUCUACUAGAAAAACUUGCAUAGUAAAAGACCAGUCCUCUUG